CUUCCGCGUUCGAUUUUGACUUGUCCUGAUCAUUCGGUUUGGGUUGGGAAGCAAGCUCUUGCAGUUUUGCAGACAGUCGCUCCGUACGUGCAUCCACAACGGGGCCAAAGACUGUAGCGCGAAGUUUGGCUUUGUUGCGCUUUUGGACGCUUGCUCGAACACUCUUUGCCAUUAUCGCUCUUGGGAGUACCGAUCUUAUCCGCUUAAGUGAAAAUCGAACAAGCUUGUUGGGCAAUGGUUGUGAUUUCGCCUCCAAGGCAGGUUGGUCGAUUCAAAAAAGUUUUCCACUCCACUCGAGAAAUCUUAUGUCAUCCGCUCGGAGCCGCCUCGAUCACCUCCGCACUCCCUCAGUUGUUGAGUCUAGCCAUGAAAUCGAUUGCUAGAGAGUCAAAGUGAUAUUGCCGCCGCACUUUCAUUCUUGAUUUCCCUUUCUUUCUAUUCCAAAACUCAAACUUUGAGAUGUCUGUUAAUGGAUUCAAUUCGUCGAAACCUCGCUUGUUGAGCUGCACUCUUCGAGAUUCUCCGCGCUCUCAUAUAUCGAGCUAUUAACACAUACUUUGGAGGAACCUCAGUCUUCACAAUGGCCUCCGGCCAGGCACAAGAGCUACAGAGCGUGAUCGCUUUGAUCAAGACGCUAACUAAUGCGCAGCUCAAGGAAAUUUUGAGGGUUGAGAGGUUACCGGUUUCCGGAGUAAAAGCUGCGCUUCAAAUGCGAAUCAUUGAGUAUAUGGAGAGGAUAUUUCAGUCGGGUCAACUUGAGCGUUACGAUAGUCUCCGAAAGCUUGUGUAUGGAACCGCGCAGCGUUCAUUGCCUCCAUCUCUAUCGGUACCGCCAGCUUCACACUACCCACAAACUUCAGCAAAUCAAUCACUGCAACCACAACAAAGGCCAUCACCCGUAGGGAUGUCGGUACCUUUACGGGGAUCGGGACCUGGUCUGCUUAGCUUCAAGGAAAGUCCAUUUUACAAGAUAUUGGCCCAACUCACCCCUACUACAGAAUGCAAGGCAGCACGCGAACACACCAGAGAUAGUGUAGAACUCAAAGUUCUCCUCAGUGCGGAGAUAGCGUCUAGACUGCAGUCUGAUCCAAAGCUACGCGUCAUGGUUUUCUGCGCCGCGGAUACUGGCCUUAACCAGUUCACCAAGUCCGACAUCGCUUUCCCCCAUCAAGUUGAACUCAAAGCCAACCUUGAUGAGGUCAAGGCUAACCUUAGAGGUCUCAAGAACAAGCCUGGCACAACACGACCGGCUGAUAUAACUAACUUUAUUCGGAAGAGAGCGGGAUAUACAAAUCACGUUGUGAUGACCUAUGCUUUGACUCAGAAGAGGUUCUUCGUUCUUGCUAAUCUGGUUGAAUGCACCCCAAUUGAAGAGCUUGUAAACAAGCUAAAGCAAAGAAAGACAAUCACGAAAGAGCAAGUGCUCCAAGAAAUGAAAAGCAAAGCGGAGGACGCCGACAUCGUCGCCACUUCGACCGUUAUGUCGCUAAAGUGUCCUCUGUCCACGCGACGCAUAGAAGUGCCAUGUCGCUCAGUAAUAUGUACGCAUAACCAGUGCUUCGAUGCGUCUUCGUUCUUGCAGUUGCAAGAGCAGGCACCCACAUGGACCUGCCCUGUUUGCGCCAAAGCAACCAGCUACGAAUCUCUAAAUGUUGACCAGUACGUGGACGACAUACUUCGCUCCACACCGUCAGAUGUCGAGCAAGUGAUUAUAGAACCCGAUGGAACAUGGUCAAAUCCCAAGGACGAAGUAGCGGCAGGGCCUCGAAGCAUCACUCCCGCGACCGACGACGAUGAUUUGAUUGAGAUCAAGGAACCCGGGGUAACUCCUGUAAAACAAGAACCUCUUUCUCUUUCCAUUCUAGACUCCUUACAACAAAGCCAACAAACGCCAGCUAGGUCGCGUGAACAGUCAUCUACAUGGUCUACAGCCACUAAUAAGCGCCCGGCUCCAGUGAUUGACCUCACUGGAAGCGACGAUGAAGACGAUGAUUCUCCAGUACGACCGCCAAAAAGACCGGCUAUCAAUGUGCCACCCCGACAGGAUUCUCGGAACGCGUACGCCAGCCCUUACAUUGAACAAGGCUCUCUUCCCACGUACUGA